AUGUCGCUGCAUAACAAACCCAAGAAGGCUCUAUCGACUGGAAUUAUCCCGCAAGAUUAUAUUUGCACCCAAAAUGAUCUUGACAUUAUUCUACCCAUUAAAAACACGCCUUCUUUACCUGGAAAAGAAGUACUUGUGCUCAUCGAUGAUGCUCUCGUAGACAGGAGGCAUUUGGAAUGCCUUUUUCAGCCGAGUGCAUUCUUGAAUAACGAGGUCAUAAAUGCGUACAUUUGCUUAUUAAGGACUCAAGAGCAUCUGCAGCGUAGGUCCGGUGGUACGGUCUACCUGGAGACUACUUAUGUCUCCACCCUUCUGAAGCGGGAUGGUGAUAAUGACAUUAAAAUGGAGGAUCUAUAUGCUACAUAUGACACCAUUGAAAAUAGCACCAUCGAACGAAGGGUGGAAAGAUACUUGGAUUAUGACAUGGUAUUUAUUCCAAUAAACAUCGAGGGAAUCCACUGGUAUCUUGUUGUGAUUGACGCCAGAAAGUGUGAGAUACAGGUGCUCGAUUCGAUGGGUCUUGUAUAUGACCGCGAAGACCUCAGUACUCUGAAGGGAUUGCAGAGGCAAAUAGACCUUGUAUCACAGCUGAAGGAGCUUAAAAACCACAAGUGGCAGAACCUUCAGGUUGCUUCAUGGCCGGUUAGACAGAUACAAUUCGAAAAGAUGAUGCAGACGGACGGCUGUUCAUGCGGUCUUUUCAUGUUAAACUACAUGGAAUACUGGACAGGGGAUGUGCUAUCCGACAAUGUAACUCAGGAUGAUAUGAUACAAUUCAGGACAAAAUUAGCUGCUAUUUUGUUAUCAUCAGAACUAAAUAAGAGGAAAGGACAUCCAUUAGUCGAAGAGAACGACGAAGAAAGUGGAAGUCCAGAUGAUGUUGUGAUGCUAGAAAGUCCUCCUAAUCUAUACAAAAGGUCACACCAAUCCAUUCAAUCUAAAGUCAUGAAUGCAAAUGAGUAUGCCGAUGAAUCUAGAGACCAGUAUUCAUUGUGUGCCCUUUCCAUGGUGGACAUGCCGAUGGGCAAAGAAGAAUUGACAGACGUCGUAUGCAACUAUAUCAUGUCAAUUGAUGAUGCUGAGACAUUGGAGUAA